UUUACAGAAGUAACUUUUAAAAGACAAAGGCAUACCCCUUCUACGGGAAUAGAUAAUCCCUGGAGGCUCCAGAAAUUGAAAAGAUGUCCCGUAAUUAUUUUUUCCCCCAUUUCAAAAAUUUCCAGUUUUCCCUCUCGUCUUCUCCCAAUUUGCUGCCUUCAUGCUCUGUUCUCUUAGAGUAACACGGUCCACACAGUCACUGUAACUGAGAACGUCACUGUCAGGCGGCACACGAUUGAUUUUUGUCCUUCCUCUAUCACCAAGUCCUGUUCACCUGCCCCUUAGUCUCUCAAACCUGUGUCUCCCUCAUCCCGUCCCUUCCAGUGCUACCAGUUAUCCUUCAGGAUACCCGCCCCUCAGCGCCGCUGUCUCAUCCUUGGAAACGCUCUCUGUCGCUGGCGCGCAGUGCCAGCCAGCAUGGCAGCCUGGCAGCCUGGCACGCGGCGUCCUCUGCAGUCCUUGCCGAGCCUGCGGCCCGGCCGCGUGUCCUGCGCCCUCGGAGCUCCCGGUGCUCCAGCUUCCCUCAGCCCACUGUAGUCACCGAGGACUCCGCACCUGACACUCGCUCUUCUGUGCCUGGAGCAGGGUUGACGACCCCUCACUGGCCUUUCAAAGGCCAGCUCUCGCUCUGUGCCUGCGGGUCCCGUCCCCUGGCCUCGGGCCGAGGGAGGCAGCCCCUGGUUCCUCUGCGCACGGGCCUGCGCUUCUCUUGCUCGCUAGUCUUCUGGGUGGGAGAGUUCUUGAGGCUGGGACCUCCGGUGACUUGUCUGUUGAUCCCCUUUUGAGUUUAGCGCAAGGCCUAAUAAGGCCCUAAUUCAGCAUAAUUACUUGCUGAAUUGAAAAUAACCAAGGUGUUUAAAAGCUCAGGUAACCAAGUUGAUGGUGAUACUGUCCUAUUAACUGAGACACGGAGACAGAUUUGGGGUGGGAGCACGCUGAGUUUGAGGUAUUUCUGUUACAUUUAGGAAAUGAUUCAGGAGAUACUUGAAAAUAGGUGGGCACAGGAAGAACAGGUCUGAGUGUCACCGGUAUACAUGUGAUGCUACAGGUCACGCUAGUUGCUGAGUUCACACGUAGACUGAGAAGAAAAGACGCAGGAGAAGGUGGCUGCACCCGCGGCUGGCGGGCAGGGAACAAGAAAGUAAACGGAGCCGAUGGCAGUUAAUUUGCCUCCUUUUUCGUAGGAUGUAAUGGCCCGGAAAAGAAAAAAUUAGGGGAAGAGAUUUUUUUUUUUAAAGAUCAUGUGUAUGUGUGUAUUUCUUUUUUUCUUUUUUUAAAAAUACAUGUUUUUAAGACCAAACAAGAUAUUACUAUGCUUUACUAUUGAUUCCUGGCCUUUACCAUCCUAAAGUGGUUUUUACUAUCUGUGUAAUAGAAACUUUUUAAUGUAAAACUGGCUGCAAUAUCAAAUUAUUGCAACUUAUGUUCAUUAAAAUGAAGCAAUUCAUUAUUUCCUUCAAGGGCAAGAACAUAAUAUAUUUCUUUGCCUCUGGGGAGGGGGGAGCGACGUUUCCUGAGAGAAGGAAGGGUGCAGUGCUUUCUUUGCUCGUGGGUCUCCUCUUGUUCACUUUUGAUCUAGAUACUGGUGGUUAUGUUCCAGUCCUCCUGCAUAUGCCCACGAGGAUUGGCAGUGGAUGGACACCAGCAGCAGCACCAUUUUUUCCUGUAGAGAUUAGAAGCCAGGAGCUUAUUGCCCAGCUUGUCAAGGCUCAGGACAGAGAGGAAGAAGCAAGUAUAAAGGUUUUGGUUAUGGAAAGAAGUUGGAAUCUUCCUGACCCGGGGACCUUAAGAGCCACAAAAUUGCUGAAAGAAAAAGUACCACUUAUUGAAAGGAUGAAGAAACACGAAAAGAUUAUGACUACAUGUUGGACCACCCAGAGGAGUACUAUAGCCAUUACUACCACUACUACAGCAGGCGCCUGGCCCCCAAAGUGGAUGCCAGAGUGGUGAUUCUGGUCACGGUGUGCGCCAUCUCAGUGUUUCAGUUUUUCAGCUGGUGGAACAGCUAUGACAAGGCUAUCAGCUACCUGGCCACAGUGCCCAAGUACCGCAUCCAAGCCAUGGAGAUUGCUAAGCAGCAGGGGUUGCUCAGAAAAGCCAAAGAAAGGGGCAGAAACAAAAAAUCCAAAGAGGAAAUCCGUGAUGAGGAGGAGAACAUUAUAAAGAACAUCAUAAAAAGUAAGAUUGAUAUAAAGGGAGGCUAUCAGAAGCCCCAGAUACGUGACCUGCUCCUGUUUCAAAUUCUCUUAGCUCCUUUUCACCUGUGCUCAUACGUAGUCUGGUAUUGCCGGUGGGUCUAUAAUUUUAACAUCAAAGGCAAAGAAUAUGGGGAAGAAGAAAGACUGUAUCUCAUACGCAAGUCUAUGAAGAUGUCAAAGUCCCAGUUUGAUAGUCUAGAAGACCAUCAGAAAGAAACUUUCCUUAAACGGGAGCUCUGGAUAAAGGAGAAUUACCAGGUCUACAAACAGGAGCAAGAAGAAGAGCUAAAGAAAAAACUGGCAAAUGACCCCAGAUGGAAGAGGUACCGAAGGUGGAUGAAGAGCGAGGGGCCCGGCCGGCUGACGUUCGUGGAGGACUGAGAGGCGGGCGGGGCUGAGGGGCGGGGCGGGGCCUUCCUCGGGGGUCUGCACCACCCAGUUGUUUUAGAAAUGCAUCAGCUGCUCCUGUGCAGUCACUAAAUCCCUCAAGCAUUUGGUUAAAUAGAAUAAGGAAGAAAUUUAAACUUCACCUUAAAACUUUAUACAUAAGACAUUGAUGAUUGUUCAAUUUUUAUAAUCUGUUUGUGGAUUUUGUUAAGAGAUUUGACAUGAAGAUUUAUUAGUUGCCAUUUAAAACUUUUAUAUGUUUAGUUAAAAGAUUCGACAUGAAAAUUUAUUAGAUACCAUUGGAAAUUUUUGCGUGUUAAGUGCUUAUUGAACCGCCUCUGCUUCAGCGCUACAUCUUUCUGCUUUUGUGGCCUCUGGUAUUUUCACAAAACAUGAAAAGUUACAACAGCGUU